AACGCGUAAACAUUACAUUGAGUGUCGUGUAUUGUGAUUAUAGUGUUUCAAGACUGUGUUAGUAUUGUGUUGUGAUUUUUCAAAUGUCAAUGUACGGUUGAUUGUGAGCAGGGAUGGAUGGCGAGAACCGUAUUAUUUUGAACGUUGGCGGUAUUAGAUACGAAACCUAUAAGGCUACAUUGAAGAAGAUCCCGGCAACGCGGCUGUCCCGUUUGACGGAGGCGCUCGCCAAUUACGACCCCGUGCUCAACGAGUACUUCUUCGACAGACAUCCUGGCGUCUUCGCGCAGGUUCUUAACUAUUACAGAACUGGCAAACUCCAUUACCCUACAAAUGUUUGCGGGCCGCUCUUCGAAGAGGAGUUGGAAUUCUGGGGGCUGGACUCCAACCAGGUGGAGCCGUGCUGUUGGUCAACAUACAGUAUACACAGAGAUACGCAGAACACCCUGGCCAUUUUGGAUAAGUUGGAUAUCGACAGUGAAAAGCCGUCGGAGGAAGAAAUUGCGAGGCUCUUCGGAUAUGAAGAAGCUUAUGUCAAUGGUGAACUUGGCAUUUGGCAAAGAGUCAAGCCAAAAGUUUGGGCGUUAUUUGAUGAACCUUCCAGCUCACCCGCUGCAAAGGUGAUAUCAGCCAUAUCGGUGUUCUUCAUCUGCAUAUCAGUCCUAUGCUUCUGUCUAAAGACGCAUCCAGAUCUCCGGGUCAUCGAGCUACACUUAGAGAAAUAUACAGACAAUACCACAGCGGUGGUGGAAGCGAAUCCUUGGGAAAAUAACGGCCAGCCUCAUGUGGCCUUCUUUUACAUUGAGCUGGUCUGCAAUGUUUGGUUCACGAUUGAAUUGCUGGUGAGAUCUGUGGUCGCUCCAAAUAUCAUAGAAUUCGUCAAAUCACCAGUCAAUAUUAUCGACUUUAUAGCCACAUUAAGUUUUUACAUGGACGUUGUGGUUGAGCUGACGGUUGUCAAAAGAAAUUUGGACAAAGCUGACAUCUUAGAAUUCAUCUCCAUCAUCAAGAUCCUGAGACUGUUUAAGCUUACGAGGCACAGUCCUGGCUUGAAGAUCCUUGUCCAUACGUUCAAGGCGUCAGCGAAAGAGCUGACUUUGUUGGUGUUUUUUCUCGUCCUCGGCAUCGUUAUAUUCGCCAGCCUCGUGUACUAUGCUGAGAAAUCACAGGAUAAUCCGGAUAAUCAAUUCAAGUCAAUCCCACUGGGGCUGUGGUGGGCGAUCGUCACGAUGACAACUGUGGGCUACGGUGACAUGGCGCCCAAAACUUAUCUGGGCAUGUUCGUUGGAGCACUAUGUGCUCUCGCCGGCGUGCUCACGAUAGCACUACCUGUGCCUGUCAUAGUGUCCAAUUUCUCCAUGUUCUACUCACAUACUCAGGCGCGAUCAAAACUACCCAAGAAGCGGCGACGUGUGCUACCAGUUGAACAACCUCGUAGGAAACGCGACGCUAGCGCCUCUAACCGGAGAGUGAACGCAGUUAAACAUCCCGUGGUUCUAAAGGAGUUACCCGGGAACAAUAAGUUCGGUGUGAAUGGUAUGAACAUGAUAAGCCUAGCACUACAGGGCCCGUCAAACAUGCUUCGUCCACCAGCCACCGCCCAACCUCUUCAAGCAAGAGCACCAAUAGUUGAGAGCCCGAUAAUCAACACGCAGUGCGGUGCUAUUUCAUUGGCGUCUCUGCAACCACCUUUGAUGACCGCCCCACCCCUGCAACCGAGACCUGCAACCACCGGUUCCUUAGAUUUGAUGUUACCCUUACAACCAAAAUUGUUACCUGGUUACAAUUUACAAUCAUCAUUUUUAUCCAGCACGCUGUCAACUGUUCGUCCGCCAGAUUUACCUAAAAAUGACAAAAAUGAUUUUUACAGACCUAGUGUAGAUGUUAUAGUUGAAAAAAGAGAAUCUAUUACAGAUUCAAUAAGAGACAAUAUUAUUAAUUCUGGUGAUAGUUGUGAAAAUUUAGAUAGGGAUGUCAUUGUAAAUAAUAUAGAAGAAAAUGAUAAUCAUAUUAUUAAUGAGGAUUCAAAUGAAGAUAACAUAACUGUAGAUGCAAAAGAUGAAAUUAAUUCUAAUGUUAUAGAAAUGAAUAUGAUUGAUACAAGUUUGAAUUGUAGUUCGAAUGAUAACAGUCCUAAUAAUAAUUCCUAUUAA